AUGCCUAUCCGCGGCCGCCAGCAUGCAGCGACCCCGGACCCCAACUUCACCUUCGGCUCGCCCCCCAAACUCUCGUACUUUGCGGAAAUAAAGGACGACCUCUACGCGGCGUCGCUCGAGUUCGUCGGCACCACCUUCUUCCUGAUGCUCGCGUACGGCGGGACACAGGCGGCGCAGGGCGAGGCCCUCGCGAGCGGCGCCCAGCACUCCACCAUCGAGCAAGGCAUGUACAUCUCGCUCUGCUUCGGCUUCUCGCUGCUCUCCUCCGUGUGGCUCUUCUACCGCGUCACUGGGGGGCUCUUCAACCCGAACGUCACGCUCGCGCUCCUCAUCACGGGCGUGAUUGGGCCCGUGCGGUUCGUGCUGUAUUGUAUAGCGCAGCUGCUCGGGGGUAUCUCCGCAGCGGCAAUAAUUCUCGCUCUCACGCCAGGCCCGCUCGCGUCCAACACCUUCCUCGCGAACGGGGUAAAUCGCGCACAGGGCGUGUUCAUCGAGAUGUUCAUCACGACUGCGCUCGUCCUCGCCAUUCUCAUGCUAGCGGCGGAGAAGCACAGCGCGACGCCGUUCGCUCCGGUCGGGAUUGGUCUUACGCUCUUCGUCUGCCAUCUCUGGGCGGUAUUCUACACUGGGGCGGGGAUGAACACGGCGCGUUCGUUUGGACCCGCCGUUGUUACAGGAUUCCCCUAUGACAGCCACUGGGUCUACUGGGUCGGCCCGUUCCUCGGCUCGCUCCUCGGCUCCGCAUUCUACACCCUCCUCAAACACAUGAAGUACUGGCGGCUGAACCCGGGGCAGGAGAGCAUCGACCCGCGCGACUCCCCUGGGGAUCCGGUCACGCACAUCAAGUCCACCGUGCGCCGCUCGAUCUCGUCCGCGAGCCGCGGGCGGAGCCGCAGCAUGGACGCGGGCGGGGGCUCGGGGCAGUUCUCGGAGAAGCCGGUCGCGCCACAUGAGAAUCGGAUGGGGAGUGCGGGGGGCGGGGAGCCGUCGAGGGGGCGGUUGCUGAGGCCGAAUGACAGCGCCGUCUGA